AUGGAUCAAUUGCAAAGAAUGCAAGACAUUAAACUCGAAAAAUUGAUGCAGCAAAGCAAGGUGAACAAGAAGAACCAAGUAAAGAUGCUUCUUUUGGGAGCUGGAGAGUCCGGUAAAUCUACUGUUUUGAAGCAGAUGAGAUUGUUACAUUUAGGUGGAUUCUCACCACAGGAACGAAUUCAAUACAAGAACAUUAUAUGGGCUGACACCAUUGCAAGUAUGCAAACAUUGAUCAUACAGGCCAGAAACCUUGGAAUCCAACUUGAAUCUGAUGACCCCGAGUCAGUACUAUACCAGUAUAAACAAAACAUACUGAAUUACAAGCCCCUAGAAAGUAUCGAUACACCGGCAGCUGGUGGGGUAACCUUUUUGAAGGAUUAUUUGGUAAAAUAUAGUGAAAAGAGCGCAGUUGAAAGAAGGAAUAAAAGCAGUGGCAGAGCAGACGCCGGAUGGAUGGAUGAAAACAAUUCCACAGAUGGCACUCUUGUUUCUGAUCAGCUGCUGACAGAUUAUAAGGAGACCGAUGACCUUUUGAAAGACUACAUUGUGGACAAGGUUAACACCCCAUUAACCAUUAAAAACUUGUCAAAGAAUGAUAUUGCAGAAUCCGUCGAAAGAUUGUGGAAUGACGAUGCAGGAAUCAAGCAAUGCUUCGGGAGGUCAAAUUUAUUCCAACUUGAAGGAUCAUCAUCAUACUUCUUUGAUCGGGUUCAUAACUAUGCCGACGCAAACUACGAAUGCAGUGACGAAGACAUUCUAAAAGGGAGGAUCAAAACGACAGGAAUCACCGAAACUAACUUCAAUAUCAACGGAAUAAAGUUCAAACUUCUAGAUGCUGGAGGCCAGAGAUCAGAGAGAAAGAAAUGGAUCCAUUGUUUCCAAGAUAUAACAUGUGCAUGUUUUGUUUUGGCUGUAUCUGAAUACGAUCAGAUGCUAUUUGAAGACGAGCGAGUCAAUAGAAUCUACGAGGCUAUCAUGUUAUUUGACUCACUUGUGAACUCAAAAUGGUUUGCAAACACUCCAUUCAUCCUAUUUUUGAACAAAGUUGAUCUUCUCAAAGACAAAGUGAGGAAGUCCCCUGUGCGCAAGUACUUUCCGGAUUUCGACGGCAAGAGCAACGAUGUUGAAGAUGCAUUGAGAUAUUUCGAAAAUUUGUUUCUGAGCUUGAAUAAAUCCAAGCGUCCUAUUUAUGUCCACCGGACAUGUGCAACUGAUACGCAGUCGAUGAAAUUUAUCUUGACUGCUGUCACCGACAUGGUGAUACAACAAAAUUUAAAAAAAAGUGGAUUGUUUUGA